GGGCACCAAUACAAGAGCCCACCAACACAUGCGAUCCUUGCUGUCGGCCGGAUAACAUCUGUCUUUUGAAGUGACUGCUGCAUCCAAAACAAUAAUCUUGUGUUUCAGCACCAUAAACAUCACCAAAUCAAUCUGAAGAUGAUAUUUCGAAGUGUGCUCCCGACGAGUCUGUGGCGCCUGGCUGCCAUGGUUGCUCUCCUUGUGGUGGCGGCCCCCAACGGACGCGAUUCGGUUGCCGAUGGCUUCAUCGUUGGUGCCUUCAAGAAAGUGGAGAAAGAUUUUCUAUCGCUGACGAGAAGAGUGACGGCGCGCCACAUACUGGUACCGGACGAGGACGUGGCCAGGGUGUUGAAGCAGAAAAUCAGGGACGAGUGUGUCGACAAAGAACUGUGGGUCAUCGACGCGUUCGAGGUGGCAGCCAGGAAAUACUCCCGAGACGAGACGACGAAUUUCCGGGGAGGUCUUCUCGGAGAACUCGUACCCCAGGGUAAGGACGAACUGCAACCAGAGCGUUGUUGCUGUUGUUGUCGUUGUUGUUUGCCCCGCAUUUGGAUCUAUCGGUUUGUUCUAUGGUGGGGCGUCCGUAUUUUGUCUUACAUUACUUUGACAUGCAUUCGCUUCAAUAUGAAAAGGAUACUGCCGCAGCCCCGAACUCGAUCGGUUGCAAUUUUCUGUGUCUCUCGGCGAAAUAGUCGGUCCAGUGGAAACGGAAUACGGAUAUCACCUCUUGCUGGUAUCGGAACGAACGAAUUGCCCGAAAUUAGACGGGGACAAAACCCGAAUGAUGCAGACGAGGGGGGACGAUGUAUUCGGCACACUCGUCGAAGGAAAGCAAGUCGGAAAGGUCGACAUGCCCGAAUUGCUCAUGGACCAGGUCAAAUUUUGGAGCCUUACUCUGAUAGCGGGUGGUUUGGUAGCCGAAUUGGCCGAAAAACUGGUUUCCAAUCUUUAAAAGAGGUCCAAAAUUAUUGGUUUAGGCAUGGGUGUAUGCUGCUCCUGUUCCAGAAUCUCUACUAGAUUCGCAUGGAAAUAAGAGCUAGUGAUUGCU